AUGGGCAAUGAGGAGAAAUUAGAUUCGACGUACUUAAAAAAAGAGAAGGCUUCCAUUGGCAUAACAGAACUUCAUAUUUUAUUAAUAUUGACAGAACUUCAUAUUUUAUUAAUAUUGACAGAACUUCAUAUUUUAUUAAUAUUGACAGAACUUCAUAUUUUAUUAAUAUUGACAGAACUUCAUAUUUUAUUAAUAUUGACAGAACUUCAUAUUUUAUUGAUAUUGACAGAACUUCAUAUUUUAUUGAUAUUGACAGAACUUCAUAUUUUAUUAAUAUUGACCGAACUUCAUAUUUUAUUGAUAUUGACAGAACUUCAUAUUUUAUUAAUAUUGACAGAACUUCAUAUUUUAUUAAUAUUGACAGAACUUCAUAUUUUAUUAAUAUUGACAGAACUUCAUAUUUUAUUAAUAUUGACAGAACUUCAUAUUUUAUUAAUAUUGACAGAACUUCAUAUUUUAUUAAUAUUGACAGAACUUCAUAUUUUAUUAAUAUUGACAGAACUUCAUAUUUUAUUAAUAUUGACAGAACUUCAUAUUUUAUUAAUAUUGACAGAACUUCAUAUUUUAUUAAUAUUGACAGAACUUCAUAUUUUAUUAAUAUUGAUAGAACUUCAUAUUUUAUUAAUAUUGACAGAACUUCAUAUUUUAUUAAUAUUGAUAGAACUUCAUAUUUUAUUAAUAUUGACAGAACUUCAUAUUUUAUUAAUAUUGACAGAACUUCAUAUUUUAUUAAUAUUGACAGAACUUCAUAUUUUAUUAAUAUUGACAGAACUUCAAGCGCCUGUGAUUGAACUUAUAAAGAUGCUUAAAUCCGUGUCAAAAUAUAGGACAACUGACAAAAAUCGAUACAAUGAUAAAACCUAUGAAACAACAUAA